AUGACAGAGGCUGAAACUAAUGGAAAGGAUAUCACUGUUUUAAAUCCUGGCAAGUUGAAAAAGAGUUCAAAACGACAAAAUCUUCCUCAUUUGGAUCUAUGCCCAAGAGAAAAGCAAUCGUAUCUCAACAGCAUUUCACGUAUUCAUAAAGGAAGGUUGCUCAAGGAAAUAAAAAAGGGCCAAAGUAAUAUAAAACUCCCAUUGCCACCAAGAAAAAUUAAAUUUAAACCAAUUAGAUGUAAGUCUGCAUCUCAAAGUCCCACUUCGCCAAUUCAUUCUUCCUGCUGUAAUUCAAAGCACAACGGCCGAUUCCCUAGCACUGCUGAAAACCGCCUCGUAUUCAAUAAGAACGGAAGUAUUUCAGUUGAAAAAAAUAAACGAACACCACAUCGAGAUGUCCAUGUGGAUUUACUGAAUCUGCCCCCUAUUCCCUUAAACCUAAAAAUGACAAAAUCCUUCUCAUCAAAUCAAGUAAAUUUUUCAUGCUCAUUCAAUUCGAGGAUCACUACAAUUACAGAGAAAGACUUGGACUUGAUUAUCCCACAACUAAUAAAACGCCGUUCAAAUUCAGGUUCUUGUUGUCAUGUUCAUUGUUUUUCUCCAUAUUUUGAAAAUUUAUCCGAAACGUCUGCACAUUUUGCACCUGUCCGAACGACAAGUAUACACACCUUAGAAACACUAUGGUGUAGAAAACGUCAGGAGUUACAGAACAGAAAUAGUACGGAAAUCAAAAGAACAAAAAUGAGAGCACAACAAUCUAUCAGAAGUCCUUCUCUUUAUGGCCCUUUCACUCAACCAAGAACGAUUUUCAAUGAUAUGGAAAAGCGAGGUUUGCUACAGUGGUCCCAUAGUAAUCCAGUGUCAAAUUAUGCCGAGUUGCCGGUUGCAUACUGAGAAAUAAGACCAAUAUGUACUGGUAAACAUUUUUUGACAAAACAGUUAUAUUAUCACUGGUGCCUAAAUGUUCAGCAGUUUCCAUGUGCCUUUUGAUACAUAUGAAAUAGAACAUUCUUUGAAUAAUUUUGACUAGCACCAAAUUUAAAAUGCAUGAACUUCGCUAAAUUCACUAUCGUUUCCUCUGUCAGUCGUAUUUUUUGUGUAG